AUGCAGAAUGCCUUCAGUACUCACACCCUUCACCCCUCGUCAUCGCGAUACAUCUCCAGUCUCACUGGUCCGGGCCACAUCCCCGUCGCCGGAAGCAGAUAUGCCAUCGACUCUGACCCUACCGCCAUUGAGAUCCGAGAAACAUCCGUGGGCUCUGCUGGGAAGAGCUCGUCCGUGCGGUCCGAAGAAGAUCGAGGCGGUUUGCGUGCUUCCGAGUGUGUUGGUGCUGUUCACGCCUGGAGAAGCAGCUGGUUGCGAAGGCAGCAGGACGCGAAGCAGCUCGCAGCACUCUACGUGGUCGUCCGGCUCAAACUCGUGAAACCGGACGAUCAAACCACCCGUAUCACAGCAGAGCAAUAG